CUACUACUACUACUACUACUACUACUACUACUACUACUACUACUACUACUUCUACUACUACCACUAUUAUAUUACUACUGUCAUUACUACUACGACUACUACUGUCACAACUAAUACUACUACUACUAGCAGUAUUGUCACAACUUCUACUACUGUCAUAACUACUUCUACUACUACUACUAUUGUCACAACUACUACUAUACUACUACUACUACUACUACUACUACUACUGCUGUUGCUUCUGUCACUACUACUACUACUAUUUUCACAACUACUAUUAUACUACUACUGUCACUAUUACGUUUUCUGAAUCUGAAUUACUGCCACUACUAUACUACUACUAAUACUACUACUAUUACUACAACUUCUACUUCUACUGCUGUAUUUUAGAAACAUAUUUUUAUAUUGUCGAUCAUCAUUUAUUGAAAUUCAAAUCCUACUUUCUUACUUUUGUCUCUCAUUAAAAUAUAAAAAGGUUCACUAUAUUUUUCGACCAUAUUUUUUUUUGAUUCCAGGAAUAGUCUUAAUAUAUUCCUCGUCCUUUGUCAUUUGUACAUUUUAACCCUUCUGUCCCGUCUUUUCAUUUCCAAACUUUGCAUAAUUAUCGCUCAUUAGCAUUGGAUCCUUUGUCGAAUUGGACCUUGGUCAUUAGUCGGGUCAGAUUAACAAUUCUAAUGACCCGACUCUCUCGUCUUUUUCUUCCCGCAUCGACAAAAAACCCUGCGAGCGGCGACGUCAUCGAAAGGUCAGCGUCUGAAACUGGAUCAGAAAAUAGAACCAUGAGUCACCGCUUGCAUCAUCGCAGCGCCCGCGGACCAAUGGCGGGGCUCGGCCGGGGCUACCUGACGGGACCGGCCAAUGGGGCGGCGGCAGCGCUCGGAGCGACCGUUCUCCGGGGAGCAGAUGGAGGACUUCAGCAGUGACCUCUUCAACAGUUUCUUCGACGAUCAUUUUUUAGAGCGGCCAUCUUUAAAUGACCGACCCUCAAUGUUACACCUGGAACUGGACACAAACCCAGAGUUCGAGUGGAGUUUUAACCAGGACUUGUCGGCCAUUCUGGUGAAGCAGGAGGAGCCGGAUCAGAACCAGUCCAUGGACACAGAGACGACGGACGACACGGAGAGCUUCCAGAACAGACCCACGAUUUGGGAACAUUCGGAUCACGGAGCAGAAGAUGUGAAGCCCGUGUCGAUUAAAGAUGAGCCCAGAGAGAUGGGGCAGUAUCUCAGUAUGAGCAGCGACGAGUCUCUGCAGCUGCCCCCGACCCCCCCGAGCAGUAACCACGGCGACAGCGACGGGUCCCUGCCCCCGUCCUCGCCCCCGCCUCAGAGACCGGGCCGCGCCACGGGAGCUUCGGCCGCCAUCUCCACCUCCCCCCUGCUCACCGCCCCACACAAGCUGCAGGGCUCCGGGCCGCUGAUGCUGACGGAGGAGGAGAGGAGGACCCUGGUGGCAGAGGGGUACCCCGUGCCCAUCAAACUGCCCCUCACCAAGAGUGAAGAGAAAGCACUGAAGAGAGUCCGACGCAAGAUCAAGAACAAGAUCUCAGCUCAAGAAAGUCGGAGGAAGAAGAAGGAGUAUGUGGAAUGUCUGGAAAAAAAGGUGGAAAACUACACGUCAGAAAAUGGAGAUUUAUGGAGGAAAGUAGAAAAUCUUGAGACGGCAAACAGGUCGCUCUUACAGCAGCUGCAGAAGCUCCAGUCUCUGAUCUCGGGGAAGGUUGUCCCUCGCUCCUGUAAAAUGGCCUCCACUCAGACCGGGACCUGCCUCAUGAUGGUGGCGCUGUGCUUCGUCCUGGUCCUAGGCUCCUUCUCUCCCUGCUCGUCUCCUCUCUCCUUGCUUCCUCUCCCCUCGUCCUCUUCAUCGCAGCCUUCGUCCGCACAGCUGCAAUCGGCGGAAAUCUACACCACCAGCCACGUGCGUUCGCGCAGCCUCCUCUUCUUCAGCGAGGAGGGUCCAGACUCAGAGCCCCAGACCUCGGCUCAGGUCCAACUGUCCAGAACCAUCUCAGAGAACAGGACAGACCGGACACAGGCUCUACACAGAGAUCCAAAAGCAGAGGCCCCUGACGUUUUCUGACAGACGGCCCUCCUCCCUCCUCAGGCGACCUCUCAACUUUGACCUCUCCACUUUGCUCAUCAUCUCAACGAUCUCUUUACUUCUACUGCCAUCUGCUGGACACCUGCCAGCACCUGCCAGCGCCUGUCAGCACCUGCCAGAUCCACGUCCACCUCCUGUCUCCACUCACCGACCCGCUCACGUUUAUGACCUGGAAAACUUGACACGAAAGGGCCAAAUAAAUAUUCAACCAUAGUAUUUCAAAUUGUAGAGAGUAGACUUUUCAAUAUUUUUUAUUUUGUUUUAUUUAGGGCUAUUGCAAUUUAGCCUGAUCAGCUAUCGGGCUUUCUUACACAUUUUAAGAUCUUCAUUUUAUAUUUUAAUCGGUUUGUUCACUGGUGUUGUUCAGUAUAAAUAAGAAAUACGAUGGCUAGUCAGGCUAAGCUAAGUUAACUUUUUGACAAUUUGCUAAUUUAAUUGGACUAAAUUAGCCUCACUAGCUAUUUCACUUUAAUACACAUCACAUUUUAAUAGUUUUUUACUAAAUUGUAUACAGUCAAUUACAAUUAUUUGACCAACUGUUGAAAAUAAUAUACAAAAAUUAUACAGCUAGUCAGGCUAAGCUAAGUUAACUUUUUGACAAUUUGCUAACUGGACUAAAUUAGCCUCGCUAGCUAUUUUACUUUUAAUACACAUCACAUUUUUAUUAUUUUUUUUUAAAACUGGUUAAAUAAAUUAUAUGCAGUCAGUUACAAUUAUUUGACCAAUUGUUGAAAAUAAUACAAAAAAUAAUAAUAUAGUUAACUUUUGACAGUUUGCUAAUUUAACUGGACCAAAUUAGCCUCGCUAGCUAUUUUAUUUGAUUAUACAUCACAUUUUAAUAGUUUUUUUAAAUUGGUUAAAUAAGUUGUAUGCAGUCAAUUAUAAUUAUUUGACCAAUUGUUGAAAAUAAUGAGAAAAUACGAUGGCUCGUCAGGCUAAGCUAAGUUAACUUUUGACAGUUUGCCAAAUUAACUGGACCAAAUUAGCCUGGCUAGCUCUCUGACUUCACAUUUAAAUAUUUUUUUUAUUGGUUAAAUAAAUUAUAUGUGAUCAGUUAUAUGAAUUUUGACUGAUUUAUGAAACUAAUAUGAAGAAAUUAGCUGGCUAGUGAGGCUACGCUAACUUUUGACAGUUUUAGCUUGACCAAAUUAGCCUGGCUAGCUCUCUGACUUUUUUACACAUUUUAAAAUACGCAUGUCACAUUUUAAAUUAGUUUGUUAACUGGUUAAACUAUAUAAAAUAAAUAAUAAUUAUGUGACUGACUGUUGAAAAUAACAUGAGAAAGUUAGCCAGCUAAUCGGGCUAAGCUAAGUUAAGCUAGCUAGCACAAUGUCAAAAAACUAACUCGUCCAAUUCCGAACUGUAAACACUCACUAUUUCAAGCUCUGACUAUAAAUGUUUACAAACCAACCUAGAAAUGACUGAAUAACAAAUUAAACUAAUUAUUUUUACAGAAAGUCAAAAGAUAUUUUAGAUUUUAGACGUAUUUAUUUACUACAAGCCAUUUGAAAAACCACACUUGCCUCGAAUAUAAAAAGUAGUAGCAGAAUUUUAAAUAAAACUUAAGAUGUCUACAAUACAUUACUACAUUACAAAUAACUGAUGAAACAAACUGAAUUUAAUAGUUUUUUUAAAUCUCCAAAACAUAUUUUUACAGUUAACAUCAAUGUAACUGUAUCGCACUGUAGUUUGACAAUAUCGUUUUCAAAAUCUAACUUGAAAAUCCGUGUUUCUUUGCAAAUUUUCUACAAAUUUUUGAAUUAGAAUUUUUUUUUAAAUUGCCAUAACUCAUUGGGUUUUGUGGUAAUUAAGUCUCCAAAAUUUAAUAUCAAUGUACCACACUGUAAACUGACAAUUUCGUUUUCAAAAUCAAAACCUGAAAACGCGUUGUUUCUUAGGAAUGCUCUACAGAUUUGCCAAUUUUAGAAUAUGAAUUUUUGAAUUGCCAUAAUUUACCGAACUAACUCACCGGUGCCUUCAAGCAGUGGUGGAUAAAGUACUGAGUUUUGGUACUUAAGUAAAAGUACAAAUACAGGGACAAAAAGUUACUCAAGUACUUUUUUUAAACAAGUAUGUUUAAAAAAGUAUUUUCAAGAGAGUUUUAGAACAAUUAAAUGAUGAAAUGUCAUGAUUUUAAUGAAAAAUUCAGCAGAUUUUAAGUGAUUCAAUUGAUUUCUAUUUUUUUCUAGCUGUUUUUGUGCUUUUCGUUUGCUCAAAGUCGGGACAGAAACUCAAAUUAAACUUGUUUAAAAAGUUUCAAAGUACUUUUUACUUUUCAGUCCAGAGCUAAAAUGUAGUUGCGUAGAAAGUACAAAUACAUGCUCUCAAAUGUAGUGAAGUAAAAGUAAAAGGUAUCUGCUAUAAAUUUGAUUUAAAUAAACUACAAACACCUAAAAUUUGUACUUUUACUUUUGUACUUCGUUACUUUCCACCACUGUUUUCAAGUCCGUCUUCACGUCAAAACCUCUUAACCAUUUCCGAGAGUCCCGAAUGAGGGUGGUAAUAUUUUUAUGAGAAAUUGUCUUAGCAGCAUCGAAAAAAAACGCAUAUUUAUUUAUGCACAAAAAUAUAUGGAAUUGUAUGUUUUUAUAAAUAACUUCGCGCAAAAGAAAAGAAAAAAAAACAAAUGUGUUUAUAAUAUAUUCUGAGCAUUGAAAAAAGCAUAUUUAUUUGAAUGCACCAAAAAAGAAAGGAUUGUAUUUUUGUCAUUUUGGAUGUGACCGUAGACUGUAUUUACAAGUGGACUUUGCUUAACUAGGAAGUGAGCAUGGGCGCGCUUCCGGCUCCAUCAACUCCGGCUCCAAUUGACCUUCUAUUGAAAAAAACUUUGGUCUUAAAAUGUCCGUAUUAACCCGCUCUGCAUGAUCCUGGUGUUUUUAUUCCACAAUUUUGCCCACAAAUCCUGUUCCUAAUUUUGAGCUCCAAAUUUCGCUCCCGGCCUCGGUGAGGUUCGUUUGACUGCAGCUUAGUUCACGUGUUUAUACGGUCUGGGGAUGUGACGUUUUUUUUUUUUGACAAUGGUUGAAAAAUGUUGAUCUAAUGUUUGUGUAGCACUGCUGUCUCGUGAAAAAAAAAUCAUUCAAAACCAAACAAAAUCUACAGGCUUAAAGGCGCACUCUGGAACUUUCUCUGAAGCCGCUCGUCUCCAUGGAGAUGUUAAAGCUUGGCCUGGAAUGUUCGCGCAGUGUGGCAUUAAACUUAUCUGUCUUGUACUCAAUUAUAGGAUGUUUUUAUCGCUAAGAAAAUACUUAAAUACAGAAAAAAAACGGAGCUGGUUUGCCUCGCCAUUCCACAGAUCUGACAGAGAAAUAGAUCAUUUUAAUGCCAUAACAGCACUAAUAUCUCCAUGGCGACAAGCAGGCGGCAAACCCUCCCCCAGAAAAGUUACACAGUGCAGCUUUAAAAUGGAAAAGUAUUAUUAUUUUUAUAUUUUAUUCACUAAAACAUAAACUUACAUAAACAAACCGUCAGUCGAUGAUUGUGUAAAUAAAAAAAAACUCUCUGAUAUAAUGUUUUCAUACUAAAAAUGUGAUUUAAAAGCAAAAAAAACACAGGUUCAAAUUCAGAAAUAUUCAAAAUUGGAUCAUAUUUUCCAUAAAUUAAGGAUUUUCUUAAACCAAAACGUCAAAUUUCUGUCAAAACUUGCCAAAUCUUAAGACUAUAAGUAGAGUUGGGUAGUACUCAAGUUAUAUUUUUACUUUUUAGAGUUACUUUUUAUGAAAUUGUACUUUUCGGAGUACUUUAAUUACUACAGUAACAGUACUCUUACUCGAGUAAAAGUUAGUGGUUCCUCUUCUCAAUGUGAGUAAGUCUAAAGUGACAAAAACUUCCAGGUGACGAUGUGAAAUUAUUUAAACAUUUGUGCCUCAUUUUUGUGUUUAUCCUUUGAAAACACCAAAUUUAGUGACUUAUUUUUUAAUAUUUUGUCCUUCAAAUUAGAUUAAAUUCAAAUUAUAAAUCAGAUUUUACAACCCGACACUUUCCCAAAUAGUUUUUUUAGUCUUACUUGAGUCAUUUCUUGCACCACAACUUUGUACUUUCUACUUGAGUACUACUAUUUUGAAGUAACAAUACUCUGAUUUAAAGGUGCAUUGCGUAACUUUUCUGGUGGAGUUACCAUCUAAUGCUUCGUCUAAACCUUUCUAUUUUCAAACUAGACCAAGUUACAGGUCAGAUCUGUGGAGAGGCGACCCCGCUCACAGUCAGAAUAUUUGUUUUUUAGGUAUUUUUGAGCUUUAAAACCACUUCUAAUUGAAUAAAUGUAAAGUAAAGCUGUUUAAAGUCGCACUGUGGAACAUUCUAGACAGAAAAACAAGCAGCGGACGAACUUCUAAACAAAAAUUUACACAGUGGAGCUUUAAAAUUUUUGGCUACUCCACCUCUGAUUAUCAACUUAAGAUUUCGCGUGCGUUUGAGCUUAUAUUUCAAUUUUAUUUUCAAAUUUCAAAUCAAAAUUCUUCAGAAAACAUUCACGAGACAGGUGUUGGUGUAUUUAUUUGUGUUGUAGAAAGUUUGUAAAUAUUAUAGAAAGGGGACUCCAAGUUAAACCACUUUUGAAUUUACAUUUUUACCACUGCUCCCGUCGACAAAAAAAACAAAACAGCAAAAAUCACCCCCAGAAAUAGCCAUAGAUUCAUAACCAUAUUUUUGUUUAAUUUAAAUUUGUCUUUUUUCAUAUUGCCAAAAAAAAUGAGUGAAAAUGGACCAAUGUACAUAACGAACGCCAGAUUCAGUUUUUUGUAAAUAGGGGCCUUGUUUUUGUAUCGUGGUGAGAUUUUAACCUGUGGAAAUUAGAAAUGAAAAAUGUGGAAAAUUCGGGGUAAAAUUUUUUUGGUUGGGUUUUUGAAAUUUGUCUGAGGGAGGGAGGGAGGGUUUGGAAAUUGUAAAGACGCCGAGACGACAAAAUGAUAAUCGUGGUUUAAAUGAACGGAGAAAGAAAAGACGGGGGUUCGAAUUUUAAUUAUAGAACCAAGAUUGGGAAUUAAAAACAAAGUGUUUGUAACCAGGACUAAACCAGGUCUAAACUAGGACUAAAACAGGACUGAACCAGGACUAAACCAGGUCUAAAUCAUGAAUAACCCAGGACUAAACCAAGACCAAACCAGGACUAAAUCGUGAAUCACGCAGGACUAAACCAUGACAGAACCAAAAUUAAAACCAGAACUAAACCAGGACUAAAACAGGUCUAAAGCAGGACUAAACUAGUUCUGUACCAGGACUAAAUUAGGACUAAAUCAGGUCUAAACCUGGACUAAACCAGGACUAAACAAGGACUAAAACAGGACUAAAUCAGGGACUAAACCAGGACUGUACCAGGACUAAAUUAGUACUAAACCAGGUCUAAAUCUGGAAUAAACCACGACUAAACUAGGACUAAACCAGGACUAAACCAGGUCUAAACCAGGACUAAACCAGCUCUAAACCAGGACUAAAUUAGGACUAAAGCAGGAUUAAACCAGGACUAAACCAGGACUGAACCAGAACUAAACCAGGACUACACCAGGACUACAAAAACACAAAAUCUAAACAGAAAAAGUGUGUUACUUAAAAAUGUUUUGUCUAAUUGAACUGAACCAAAACUAUCAGAUCUUAACCCGGACUAAACCCGGACUAAACUAAACCAGACUAACUACAUAACUACAAAUAAUUACAGUUAUAUAGACUCUCGCCUUCCAUCUAAAAUUACAACUUCAAAAAAUUUAACAGCGUAAAAUCCCUCCAGUAUUCCGAGCUCGACGUCCGGUCAGAGUUUCCCCGUGUGAUUUUGUCCGUUGGUUUAAAGCCGUUGUUGUUUUGUGGUCUUGGCCUUGUACAGAUCUGCAUGUCUCUCAUAUAUCUCUGUAUCGUAGAAUAGUCCGUAGAGUAGAAACAGCAAAAUAUUAAAAAUGCAUCAGCAAAAAAAAAAAAAAAAAAAAACUGUGUCUCUGGUUUUAUUUCACAUAUUUUACAUUUUACAACAACAAAAGGCACAUUUUUGUUCUUAAAGUAUAAAAAUGAAUCACAACUGAAAACAAAACAAUAUUUGAACCUUUGUCAGUUUUGAAUGUGAGGACUAAAC